AUGGCUGCAUCCACCGUGUCUGUCUGCUCCAGCAACCUGAGCUAUGGCAGCCGGGUCUGCCUGCCUGGUUCCUGUGACUCCUGGAGUGACUCCUGUCAGGUGGAUGACUGCCCAGAGAGCUGCUGUGAGCCCUCCUGCUGCGCCCCCAGCUGCUGUGCCCCGACCCCCUGCCUGACCCUGGUCUGCAGCCCAGUGAGCUGUGUGUCCAGCCCCUGCCAACCAGUCUGCACCAGCUCCUGCACACCCUCCUGCUGCCAGCAGUCUAGCUGCCAGCCGGCUUGCUGCACCCCGUCCCCCUGCCAGCAAGCCUGCUGCGUGCCCGUGAGCUGCAAGCCUGUGUGCUGUGUGCCUGUCUGCUCUGGGGAUUCCUCUUCAUGCUGCCAGCAGUCUAGCUGCCAGCCGGCUUGCUGCACCCCGUCCCCCUGCCAGCAGGCCUGCUGUGUGCCCGUGAGCUGCAAGCCCGUCUGCUGUGUGCCUGUCUGCUCUGGGGAUUCCUCUUCAUGCUGCCAGCAGUCUAGCUGCCAGCUGGCUUGCUGCACCCCAUCCCCCUGUCAGCAGGCCUGCUGUGUACCCGUCUGUUGCAAGCCUGUGUGUUACAAGCCCGUGUGCUGUGUGCCCAUCUGCACUGGGGUCACCCCCUGCCCAGCCCCCUCAUGCUGCCAGCCCAGCCCCUGCUCCUCCUGCUGCAGACCCUCCUCCUGUGUGUCCCUCCUCUGUCGCCCCGUGUGUAGACCUGCCUGCUGUGUCCCCACCUCCUCCUGCCAGCCCAGCUGUCCCCGCCCAGCCUCCUGUGUGUCCCUCCUCUGCCGCCCAGCCUGCUCCCGUCCAGCUUGCUGUGGCCUUUCCUUGGGCCAGAAGUCCAGCUGCUGA